AUGUCGAAGCGAGAAGCCAAGGAACAAUACUUUGAAAAGCUCAAGAACUACAUUGACAGCUACUCGACGGCUUUCGUCGUCAACGUUGACAAUGUCGGUUCCAACCAGAUGCACCAGAUCCGUCACUCCCUCCGUGGCGAAGCUGUUGUGCUUAUGGGUAAGAACACCAUGGUCCGUCGUGCCUUCAAGACCUUUGUUGCCGACCGCCCCGAGCUUGAGCGUUUGAUGCCCCACGUCAAGGGUAACAUUGGUUUCGUCUUCACCAACGGCGACCUCAAGGAAAUCCGUAACAAGAUUACCGAGAACCGCGUUGCUGCUCCUGCCCGUGCUAACGCCAUUGCUCCCGGUGACGUCUACGUCCCUGCUGGUAACACUGGUAUGGAACCCGGUAAGACCUCCUUCUUCCAGGCUUUGGGUAUCCCCACCAAGAUUUCGCGUGGUACCAUUGAAAUCGUCAGCGACGUCCAGGUCGUCACUGGUGGUGAGCGUGUCGGUCCCUCCGAAGCCAUGUUGCUUAACAUGUUGAACAUCUCGCCCUUCACCUACGGUUUGAGCGUCACCCAGGUCUUUGACAACGGUACCUGCUUCUCGCCUGAGGUCUUGGAUGUUGAGGAAUCUUCCCUUGUCGCCAACCUCUUGUCCGGUAUCCGCGAAAUCGCUUCCAUCUCUUUGGCUGUCGGCUACCCCACCAUUGCCGCCGUCCCUCACUCCAUCAUCAACGGUUACAAGAACUUGUUGGCCGUCUCCGUUGCCACCGACUACACCUUCGAGGGCUCUGAGAAGAUCAAGGAAUUCUUGGAGAACCCCGAUGCUUUCGUCGUCGCCGCUGCCCCCGCUGCUGCUGCUGGUGAUGCCGGUGCCGCCAAGGAAGAGGCUAAGGAAGAAGAGGCUGAGGAAUCUGAUGAAGACAUGGGCUUCGGUCUUUUCGACUAA